GAACUUCCUCUCAUAUUUUUUCUCUCUGUUGCAGAUCCUGAGUCAGAGCUUGUGGCUCCAGCAAUUGUGAUUGGACCAAAUAACACGACAGUAGUGGCUGGAAGAGAGGCUACACUGGAGUGCAUUGCUAAUGCCAGACCAGUUGAAGGCCUUGUGGUAUCGUGGAAACGCGAUGGGCGUCUCUUGGCCAGUGGGCGUCGACUAAUCAUUCCUGCCACCACCGCUAUGGACGCUGGUUUAUAUGUUUGUGAAGCGUUGCUUAGCAACAGUACUGCCAAACCCACAGAGGCUAGAGUACACCUCACUGUAAUAGAACCACCUUCUCUGACUGUUCAACCCAAAGAGAAGAUCUUUGCUGAUCUUGACAGAAAUGUAGAGAUUCCAUGCCAGGCUUCAGGCGUGCCCCAGCCUAGAAUUGAUUGGUAUAAGGACGCAGUGCCUCUUUCCAAACUGGCCAACCCCCGCUAUAAGGUCAGCGCAGCCAGUGGGCUGACGGUGCGCAGAGUGCAGCCUGGAGAUGGAGGAAUAUUCCAGUGCUUUGCUCACAGCGCUGCCGGAGAGACUCUAGCUCACACAGAACUCCUUGUCUCCAGCAUGGCGCCUACAUUUACAUCACCCCCUUCUGACCAAAUAGUUACCGUUGGCGACACAGCUUUGUUUACCUGCCACAACACCGGAGCUCCAAAACCUGCCAUCAUCUGGAGAAAAGGCUCACAGGUGGUGGCCAGCGGCUCGUUCCAAGUUCCCAGGUUCACGCUGCUGCAGUCAGGUGGCCUGCAGAUUCAACCUGUCAGUUUCCAGGAUUCAGGUGACUUCACCUGCAUCGCUUCAAACUCAGAGGGAACCAUCAAUGCCACCGCUACGCUCACUGUCUGGAGUCGCACAGUCAUUUCAGUGCCACCAACUGACCAGCGUGUUAUCAAAGGAACCAUUGCUGUUCUGCACUGUAAUGCUACACAUGAUCCCAGAAUCAAUAUCAGCUUCAGUUGGGAUCGCAGUGGUAUGCCGGUUCUUCCAGGUGGAGGUGGCCGUGUGGCUGUGCGGCAGGGAUCUCUCACUAUUGGACAGACAUGGUCAGGUGACAUCGGGGACUACACCUGCACUGUCUCCUCACAAGCUGGCAAUGAUUCCCACACUGUCCGUCUUGAAGUCAUUGAGCUGCCACAUUCUCCUCGCUCCCUGACGGCUCGUCUCAAUGACUCAGACUCUCGCUCCGUCCGCCUGUCCUGGCUGCGCCCCUUCGAUGGAAACUCCCCUCUUCUGUACUACGUAUUGGAGCUCUCUGAGAAUAACUCUCCGUGGAAGGUUUACCUAUCCGAGGUUGAUCCUGCACUGACCCAAGUAUCAGUGGGUGGGCUCACACCUGCCAGAACCUACCAGUUCAGACUCUGUGCUGUCAAUCAAGUGGGCAGGGGUCAGUACAGUGCUGAAACACAGAGGUUAAUGCUGCGGGAGGAGGCACCCAGCGCACCUCCCAAAAAUAUUGUGGCGAGUGGGCGCACAAACCAGUCCAUCAUGGUCCAAUGGCAGCCUCCUCCAGAGCCAGAGCUGAACGGAGUCCUCCGAGGAUAUGUCCUCAGGUACCGUCUGGCGGGAUUACCAGGGGACUACCAAGAGAAGAACAUCAGCAGCCCAGAGACUAACUACUGUCUGCUAAAGGAUCUCAUCAUCUGGACUCAGUACCAGAUCCAGGUGGCUGCCUACACAGGAGCAGGCCAAGGUGUCUACAGCAGUCCCGUCAUUGAGUACACACUCCAAGGAGUUCCCACAGCACCUCCACAGGAAGUGGAAAUUAUAGCUAUUAAUUCAACGACUAUCCGCUUCACAUGGAAUCCCCCACCUCAGCAGUUCAUUAACGGCAUCAACCAGGGGUACAAGCUGCUGGUCUGGCCAGAGCAGUCACCAGAAGACGUAACCAUAGUAACCAUCACUCCAGACUACCCCAGUUCACGACACACAGGACUUGUCAGUGGGCUCAGGAAGUUCACCUGGUACUAUGGCUCCACCCUCUGCUUCACCACACCUGGAGAUGGUCCACGCAGCCCCCCCGCCCUGCUGCAGACACACGAAGACACACCUGGACCUGUUCGCCACCUGAGCUUCACCGAAAUUUUGGACACAUCACUUCGAGUCAGCUGGGCAGAGCCUGAAGAGAAAAACGGCAUCAUCACUGAGCUGAGCCAUGAGGAGCGUUCCUUGUCCAACUCCACUCUGCAGUACCAGCUGACAGGCCUCACCUCAACCACUGUGUACACACUGCAGGUGGCUGCGCUCACAGCUGCAGGACGGGGCGUGGUCACGUCCUCCACCAUAUCCACGGGAGUUCCACCAGAACUUCCAGGAGCUCCUUCUAACUUAGUCAUCUCCAAUAUAAGCCCUCGGACAGCAACUCUAAGGUUCCACCCUGGUCCCAAUGGCAAGACUGCCAUUUCAAGAUGGAUAGUCCAGGGACAGGUGGCAAAGGAAGGUGGAAAGGAGGAGGCAUGGAAAACUGUCUACGAGAAAGACAACCAGCCAGAUGCAGACACACUAGAGAUUCUCAACCUCACUCCAUUCACUCAGUACAGGUUCAGGAUGCAGCAGGUGAACAUUGUUGGUUCCAGUCCACUGAGUACCCCCUCAAGGCUGAUUCAAACCUUACAGGAUGCCCCUGACACACACCCCUCCAAUCUCAGCCUUGUGUCUGCCACAGAGACCACCCUACGAUUGAGCUGGAAGCCUCUCCCAGAAUCUGAGUACAACAGCAGUCCAGAGUCUGUGGGCUACCGACUACGAGUGUGGAAGACUGACAGCCAGGGGGAGGAUAAGAUAAAGGAUAUUGAAGGUGGAGCAGCAACCAGUGAAGCUACAUUAGAGGACCUGAAUCCCUGGACCCAGUACCAAGUGCAGAUACAAGCAUUCAACUCCAUAGGACCAGGACCGUGGAGCCAUACUGUGAAAGCAGUUACCUCAGAAUCAGUUCCGUCUGGGUCUCCAAUGAAUGUGACUGCUGAGGCAGUGAGUUCCUCCAGGAUCCUGCUCACCUGGUCUGCUCCUGCUCCGGCACAAAGGAAUGGACGCAUUCUUGGGUAUAAGGUGCUGUACAAUGAGAAAGACUCCGAAGGCCCACCUAGCGUUCAGGUGACAGAAGGAGAGGGAAAUCUAUCGCUGCUGCUCAGGGACCUAAAGAAAUACACUGUGUACAAGCUGGAAGUGCUGGCAUACACCCGGAUGGGCGAUGGCCCAACCAGCAGCCCCAUUCUUCUCAGGACCAAAGAAGACGUACCAGGGCCCCCUGUCCGCAUGGUGUUUCCUGAAGUUCGAUUGACUUCAGUUAGGGUGGUCUGGCAGCCACCCGUCUUCCCCAAUGGAAUCCUAUUAGGUUAUCAGAUAUCCUACCGCCUUGAUAUCAAAGACCCACAGCGCUGGACCACAGUGGAGGUGGGCUCCAACGCUCGCCAGUUCACUGUCACAGGACUAACCUCUGGGCAGACCUACGUGUUCCGCCUCACUGCUCGGACCGCCGUGGGCUGGGGAGAACAACAGGAAGCCCUGGUGGUUACCACUGAACACAGAGAGCGCCCCCAACCACCCAGGAAGUUGUCUGUUCCUCAGGAUGAGGUGGAAUCUCAAAGACUCCAGAUCUACUGGGUGACAGGUGGCUCAGGCUCUUCUCCACUGAGGUACUUCACCUUGCAGCUCAAGGAGCUACCCAAUGGGGCCUGGAGGACACACAACACCGACAUCCCUCACAAUGUGACGUCUUGGACUGUGGACAGGCUGAAGCCCUUCACAUCCUACAAGUUUCGAAUGUUGGCCACAAACGAUGUAGGAGACAGUCUCCUCAGCAAAGAGACAGAAGCUGUUACGACGUUGCAGGAUGCGCCAAAUGAGGCUCCAGUGAUUCUCUCAGUGAAACCAACAACUACUACCUCUGUGCUGGUGCAGUGGAAGCGUCCCAGUGAAGGCAGUGUCAAUGGGGUUUUGACUGGGUAUCGACUGUACUACCGAGAACUCUCAGUAAACACUUCUACUUUAACUGAAGCAGAGGUCCAAAUAACUAAAAACAACAGCACAAGUGCCCCGAUGACAACCAAGAGCACCUUCAAGACAGUCAGCAGUGCUACGCUCACAGAGUUUGAGUUGACACAGCUGAAGAAGUUCAAACGCUAUCACAUUUUUAUGACAAGCUAUAAUAUCAUUGGAGAGAGCCCACCCUCCACUCCGGUUGAGGUUUCUGUUGGAGAGGCAGCUCCAUCGGUGGCGCCUCAGUCUAUCAAAGUGUCAGCUGUGACUCCCUCCAGCCUGGAAGUGACCUGGGACAUGCCCCCCCUUGAGACUCAGAAUGGACUCAUCCAAGGAUACAAGAUCCACUACUGGGAGCGAGAUAAGCAGAACCAAACCGAGAAGGUGAAAGUGAUUUUUGUCCCUGACACCAGUGUGCACCUCACCAACCUGAGCAGCUACACGCCUUAUCUGAUAACACUGACUGCCUUCAAUACCGCUGGUGAUGGACCACCCAGUUACCCCCGCGGGGCCAGAACCCUGCAGUCUGCUCCCAGCCAGCCAAGCUACCUUUCUUUCUCUGAAGUGACAGGAGGGAGUGUCAAUGUGUCCUGGGGAGCCCCGCUCACCCCCAAUGGGCAGAUCGAAGGCUACAGGGUCAUCUAUGAGCCCACUGCUCCCGUGCAAGGAGUGAGUAAAGUGGUGACGGUGGACGUCAAAGGCAGCUGGCAGCGAUGGCUGAAGGUUCGGGACCUCUUCAAAGGAGCAACAUACACCUUCAGUGUCCAGGCUCUCACGGUCAGCCAUGGACCACCGAUACAGGCAAACAUCACCGCUCAGCCUGUGAAAGGGUCCCCUGGUUCACCUAUGGAAAUGUCCAUUACCAAGACGUCCUCUGCCCUCACUGUCCACUGGUCAGAGGGAGAUAUUGGUGCUGCCCCUGUGACUGGUUAUGUCAUUGAGGCUCGUCCCUCAGAUGAGGGAGUGUGGGACUCCUUCAUCAGGCUCCUUCCUCCUACCAGCAGGUCUGUUUCAGUUCCACUGGAGCGCCUGAGGUCAGGGAUCAGCUACGAGUUCAGAGUCAUUGCCAUAAAUCGCUACGGCUAUGGACAACCAAGUACACCAUCUGCUUCUCUGGCCGCCCUGUCAGAGCGUCCCUUCUAUGAGGAGUGGUGGUUUUUGCUGGUCAUGGCUCUGGUGGGACUCAUCCUCAUUCUGGUCCUCGUCUUCACACUGCUGCUGCAUGGAAACAGCACAAAGUACAAGGCCUGCGGCACAGGGAAACACGUUACCACUGGUGAGGAGUCAGUAACACUGGACAACGGAGGUUUCACUUCUCUGGAGCUCAACAGCAGGACACUCAACACCAAGAACUCCUUUCUGAAAAAGAACGGGACCAGGUCUCCUCCCAGGCCCAGCCCUGGUGGGCUGCACUACUCCGAUGAGGACAUCUGCAACAACUACAACGGAGCCGUGCUCACUGAGAGCACCACACUCACUGAGAAGCCCACUGAGGUCUCUGAGUCAGAGCUAACAGACAGCGACUAUGAGGAUGAGCAGCCAAAACACUCCUUCGUUAACCACUACAUGAGUGACCCCACAUACUACAACUCCUGGAAGCGGCAGCCCAAAGGCCUUAAAGGGGUCAGCGCACCGUUUGUCUACGAGGAGUGUGCCACCGCGGAAACAGAGCCCUACUACCAAACGGUGGUCACCCAGCACAGCACGGGGGGCGCGUACACACCCACGGGGCAGCCUGCACACACACACGUCAACCCUAACACCAACCCGCCAGGGUCGCGCACCCCUGUGACAGGGUUCUCUUCAUUUGUUUGACUCUAAAGACAAAAUCUCGCACAAAACGCGCACAAACGUGCACAUCCGGAGGAGGGGAGCAGGUGUGUGUUUGGACUGAAGGAACUGGUAGUGAAUCAGCCCGCGAUGCCCCAAAGAACUAAACUUACACUUGUCACUCGCCUUCUCUCCUUGUUCAUGAAGAACUUGUGUCAACCAGUGUGUGUUUCUCUCAGUCUUUUACACCUCAGUGUCACUGUACUCUCACAUGCAUUUACUGCUCUCUUUUUCCACACAUUGUCGCCGGCAUAUCCCACCCGAUACUCACAUCUGCUCCAAAGACUCUACAAAGAGAGACAGGAGUCCGUUUGUGUUCAUGCCUGGGAGAGAACUCACCUUGAAACGGGAGGAAGUUGGAUUUUCUGCACAAAACUUAUCCUCCCUGUAUCUACACAAAAGUGCACAGGUCCGCUCAAGUGCUCUCCAAUGUGCUAUUGCAUAAACUGUUGCUGAGAGACAGGAGCCCCAAGGUUAAGUAGUUAUCAAAAAGGUGGCACAGAGGGGAGCAGCUUUGGCUGAUGGACUGGUUCAUAUAAAACAUGGAGCUGCCAGCUUUCAAAUAUCACCCCAGAGAAGAAAUGGAAAAAAUAACAAUCAAUUAUUACAGUUUGUUUGUUUUUUUGAGAUCAUGAAAAAGAUGAUGAGGAAAAGUCAACAAGCAUUCUCCAGCACUUAUAGCAUUUUCAAUAAGAGUGGUGAGAUGUCUCUGAGAAAUGAGAUGUGUGAUGUUUGGUUUGGAAUAUAUGGAAAAUGUUUUAGUUUCUCUUUUUUACUGUCUACAGCUUGUUCUCCUUUUACUGCAGCCUCCCCAAGCCAUAUUGCUUUCACUGAGCCGAAACCCCGUAUAUUUCAUCUUUAUUCUGUUCAAACGUUACUUUUUAAAAGUCUGAGUCUGGCGCGUGUGCAACCAAGCACGCGUGUAGAACGGCCCCGUGCUCACUCUCGACCCGCGCUCAUCUGUUUGUGUAGUUCACUGCUAAGCAAAGUGUGCCAUUGUGUUUAAGUUUGCAUUUUUACGGUGGAUUUUGUACAGCGGAACCCUUUUUACUCAUGCACUGUUGUAUGUAGCUUGGCCACACUUGCGCAACUCAAAGCAAACAGGGAAAGAACACCGGAGAUAGUAAGUGAUGAGAAAGACAGAGAAGUUAUAGUUUCACUGGAAUCGUUCAAAAUAAGCCACAGUCUGUGGUGAGAGUCUAUACGAGAUAACUGAGAGGAUGAUUCUAGUUUAAACUGCAUGUAAGCCUGUUUGAACUUUGAAUCAUGAAUGUCUAUUCUCCAAAACUCCACAUCUCCUCCAGGAAAGGGUGAAACCUGCAUAAAUUGUACUUCUCUUCAGCUGCAAACAAAACUCUAGUGUAAUUUUUUUUUCUCAUGUAAUUUGAAGGUUCAUCAGCCUCCGUCCCCACUCUGUCACGCUUGUUUUGAGCUGCAUACAGUGUGAAUAAAUGGUC